AUUCUGCGGAAAGCAGAACGCAUUCUGAACUCUCCAGGUCGUGUACUCUCCAGGUCGUGGACUCUCCAGGUUUCCUCCUCUUUAAGGAAUUCUGUUUGAGCGAGAUCGAGGAGGGCGUCCCACAGCUCAAGUUCUACGAAGAAAUUAAAGACUACGAGAAGCUGGACUCUGAGGAGGAGAGGCAGAGCCGCAGCCGGCAGAUCUACGACGGAUACAUCAUGAAGGAGCUGCUGUCCUGCUCACAUCCGUUUUCUAAGAAAGCCGUGGACCACGUGCAGAGCCACUUAGCGAAGAAACAGGUCCCCCCAACUCUCUUCCAGCCAUACAUAGUGGAGAUCUGCGACAGCUUGAGAGGAAUUAUCUUCCAGAAGUUCAUCGAGAGUGACAAAUUUACUCGUUUCUGCCAAUGGAAGAACGUGGAGCUCAACAUCCACCUGACCAUGAACGACUUCAGCGUUCAUCGGAUCAUCGGCAGAGGAGGAUUCGGAGAAGUGUACGGCUGCAGGAAGGCCGACACCGGGAAGAUGUAUGCCAUGAAGUGUUUGGACAAGAAGAGGAUCAAGAUGAAGCAGGGGGAGACUCUGGCGCUGAACGAGAGGAUCAUGCUGUCAUUAGUCAGCACGGGGGACUGCCCGUUCAUCGUGUGCAUGACGUACGCCUUCCACACCCCCGACAAGCUGUGCUUCAUCCUGGACCUGAUGAACGGUAUGACCCCAGCUUCCUGUUUAUUAACCCCUUCCUAACUCCUUCUGUCAGACAUUCGGAGCUCCUCUUAAAUCAGGGGGGUCAAACUGUGGCCCGCUAGAGCUCUGAAAGAAGCACGUUGCCCAUAAACUACAUGUCCCACAAUGCAUCUCAUUUUGUGACAUGCGCACUGAAGACACUUGCAAUUAUGUAAUAUAAUACAUUAUUAUAUAUUUAUAUAUGUAUAUUUAUAUAGUCUUAAAGUUACAACCGGCCCUUUGGAUGCAACCAUAAUGCUGAUUGAUGAAAUUGAGUUGGACACCCCUGUCUUAAAGGGACAUUUUUAGAGGGUUUGAGGUGGGGCUAUAUGAGGUACUUUUCUAUAGUCGGUGUACUUUUUUACCAACUGGAACUACCAGAGGUACAUUUCUGUAGGAUGGCAACAUCUAAACUUAUUUUACAUUACAUUACAUGUCACUCUUUAGACGCUUUUAUCCAAAGUGACUUGCAUACAUUCAG